UGGAGCAUGUAACUUUUGAGGCCACUAAGUUAGAAUUUAGCACAUACAGUAUCUAGCUCAUGGGCCUCAUGUACACUUGGAAUGUGAACCACAUGUCUCAAUAAACCUAUCCAAAACCUUGAUUAAAACAAUCAAAUAAGACAACAUGUACACAGUUCCACUGUCUCCAAAAUUCUGAGACACCCUUUUAUGUUUUAUCAUCAAACUUGUAAGAAGAACUUGUGAAGGUCUCACAAUCCCCCUCCAUCUUGUUUCAUUCCUCUGUUUGUGAUCUUGAAGGUUAUUAUGAUAAUUAAGCUAGUGCAUCCAUCAAUGUCUGAUUCUCAGCUGAGUCGUCUGGUUUGUAGAACUAUGAGUGUCAUGAAACUUCGAAGAUUUGGACCGGUUAUUAAUCGUUCAAGGAUAAUAAACACUUCAAGAUUUGGUGACAAACCAUUAUGGUUUCGACCCUUUACUAUUAUUAAAGUUGCAGGAAAGUCCUCUGGUUAUGGCUUAGUUGAAGAUGAAACACUUGCUCGGAAGAAAAUAGAACUUUUCCAGGCUUUGGAAGGAAUCAACAGAGGGAUAUUUGGAAUCCCAUCUGGCAAGAAGUUGGAAAUUGAAAGUUUGGUGAAGCAGAUAGAAUCUCAAAAUCCAACUCCAGAACCAACUCUUGAACUGGAUAAGGUGGAUGGAUGCUGGAGGCUUGUUUAUAGCACUAUCUCAAUUUUGGGAUCAAGAAGGACAAAGUUAGGCCUAAGAGACUUUAUUUCAUUAGGUGAUUUCUUUCAGACUAUUCAUAAAGCCAAGAACAAAGCAGUCAAUGUGGUAAAGUUCAACGCGAAAGGGCUGACAAUGUUGUCUGGAGAGCUUACUAUUGAGGCCUCAUUCAAGAUUGCUUCCAAAACAAGGGUUGACAUUACUUUUGAAAAAUCCACAAUCAUUCCUGAUCAGUUGAUGAAUGUAUUUCGAAAAAACUAUGAUAUUUUGUUGGGCAUCUUCAAUCCAGAGGGGUGGCUAGAAAUCACAUAUGUUGAUGACAACAUGAGAAUAGGAAGGGACGACAAAGGCAAUAUCUUUGUACUAGAAAGAUUUGAAGAUAAUAGCAACUUCUAGCCAUUUUGUUGUUAAUGAUUCAUUCUAGGAUAUACUAAAAGAAUAAUGCAAAGAAAUAUGCUAUGAUGCUUAAUACUCACUUGUUGCAAUUGCAUUUAAUUUUUUCAUACUCACUAGUGGUUAUGACUUAUGAGUAGCUAGGACUUUA